UCCACCAAGUCCCGGCUAGGGCGCGGCUGGCCGGAGCGGCCGGGGGCGGGGCGGCGGGGCGGGCACCAGAGCCGGCCGGUGACGGACGCGGGAGCAGGCGCCGAUUGGUUCCGUCAGUAAAUCAACCCCUUUUCAUAGGCCGCGCGGGGUUGCUCCCGGGGCUUUGAUUGGCUCCGCGGGCGCCGAAGCGCUCAUUGGCUGCCAUGCGUAGUCAGGGUGACUGAGAGGAAAAGGAGAAGGGUGCCUGGGCCUGGCGGGCUGGCGAACCGGGGCUGAGGGCUUUUGGCGGUUCCGGAGAGCUGGUGGGGGCUGCGGCGGCCGGUUGCACUCGCCGAGCGGGGACUGCGCAGGCGCGCGGGCCAGAAGCGGUGGCCGGCGAGCCCCGCGGGCCGGGACCAUGGGCUGCUUCUUUUCCAAGAGGCAGAAGAAUGAGAGGGUCCCGCCGCCCGAAAGAGAGAACGAGCGGCCAAAGCAGUACAGCUGGGAUCAGCGCGAGAAGGUCGAUCCAAAAGACUUCAUGUUCAGUGGACUGAAGGAUGAAACAGUGGGUCGCUUACCUGGGAAAGUGGCAGGACAGCAAUUCCUUAUCCAAGACUGUGAGAACUGUAACAUCUAUAUUUUUGAUCACUCUGCUACAAUUACUAUUGAUGACUGUACUAGCUGCAUUAUUUUUCUGGGGCCUGUGAAAGGCAGUGUGUUUUUCCGGAAUUGCCGAGAUUGUAAGUGUGUAUUAGCCUGCCAACAGUUUCGUUUGCGGGAUUGUAGAAAACUGGAAGUCUUUUUGUGUUGCGCCACUCAACCCAUUAUUGAGUCUUCCACAAAUAUCAAGUUUGGAUGUUUUCAAUGGUACUACCCCGAAUUAGCUUUUCAGUUCAAAGAUGCAGGGUUAAGUAUCUUCAACAACAACUGGAGUAACAUUCAUGACUUUACACCUGUAUCAGGAGAACUCAACUUCAGCCUUCUUCCAGAAGAUGCUGUUGUUCAAGACCAUGUCCCUCUACCAACUACGGAAGAACUCCAAACUGUCCGUGUUUCCACCGAAGCCAACAGGAGUAUUGUUCCAGUAUCCCGGGGUCAGAGGCCAAAGAGUAGCGAUGAAUCAUGUUUGGUGGUGUUGUUUGCUGGUGAUUAUACCAUUGCAAAUGCUAGAAAACUAAUUGAUGAGAUGAUUGGUAAAGGCUUUUCUCUGGUACAGACAAAGGAAGUGACAAUGAAAGCUGAGGAUGCUCAAAGGGUUUUUCAGGAAAAAGCUGCUAAUUUCCUUCCUCUUCUGAACAAAGGUUCUGUUAUUGCAUUGGAAUUUAAUGGAGAUAAUGCUGUAGAAGGAUGUCAACAUAUUGUCAACGAGAUAUUCAAUGGGACCAAGAUGUUCGUAUCCGAAAGCAAGGAAACAGCACAGAGAGACGUAGACAGCUUCUAUAACUUUGCUGAUAUACAGAUGGCAAUAUGAAGCACAGUGCGGAACCCAGGACCUGACAUUAAGUCUUUUCCACCUUGUGUAUUCACAGUGGGUUUUACUAAUGCUAAGAUGACUAGAGCUUACUUUAUAAUAAAUGAGCUAAAUGCUGCAACCUUUUAUUUGGAUUUCAAAAUCAGUUCAUUUUGAACUAAGUAGUUUUAAUCAAUUUAAAAACCAAGGGCUUCAAUUAGCUUGUACUUUGUUUCUCUGCAUAUAAUAGAAAUGGCUAGCAGUAAUAUUUAAGCCUAAUCAAAUGUUCUUUCAAGUCUAAUAAUUUCAGCUUUCCUCAGUGCACAUGGUAUUUGUAUGAGAAUACAUUCCACUGCUUAUUUCUUUUUUCACUUUAGAGGGAUUUUUAUAUACAUAAAUGCAGUAAAAUAAUGGCUUUCUAGUUGUAUAAUCUAGCAAAUGAGAUUUUGUAUACAAAGUUGACAUAACACUUUGUAAAUUGAGCUUUUUAAUUAAUAAUAUUUGGUAAUCAGUUUUUCAAGUAACUCUACUAACUGAUGUUGGUAUAGCUAUUUAAAGACUAUUUUGUAAGUAGUAUGAUUAUUUGAACAAAUUCCACACUAGUUUUUAGAAAUUGUAUUGAAAGAUAUAACAGUUACCACAAAUUCUUUUAUUGAUCUAUUUUUGAUAAUUCCAUUUGCCACUUUAUUAGUAACAAGCAAUAUGAAGUAAAUUCACUUUUGCCUGCUUAGGGGCUGACUUGUGGUUGUGGGUGGGGAAUUGGAGAUACUUGGUGAAGGGAAGGUCACACUGGCAGUGGAUUAGUGUUGGAACAUUGAAUACCUGAAACAACUAUAUUAUAAACAGCUUUGGUAAGUCAUGGUGUUUAAAUUUUUUUAAAAAGACGUCUAGAUUAUUUUGCUGCUUUAUGGUAAGAAAAGGUAUGUGCAGCACUAAAAUUAUGGAACCCAAUCACUGGCUGUUUCCCAAAAAGGUUGAAAUUGUUUUCCACUCUUGCGGGCCCUAGGAGAGUUAAAAUAAACCCUUGUGACAUUUAGGUAAGAAACACUCAGACAUGAUGAUAAGCUACACAAAUUAUUUAAAAGCUAGAUAAAUUUGAUUUUCACUAGAUAUGCUAUUCUAAUCAAGUAAUGUUCUAGCCUCCUAAUAAAAUUAUUUUGGUUGCUUUAAAGCAUUAUUUUUUAAGUCAACCUGACUAUAAUAAUUUACCAUGAGUCAGAGGACUAUUUCACUCAAUUUAAGUAAUGUUCAAAUAUGGUAAAAUUAUUUUGUUUGCUUUAAAGCACUAUUUUCCAAAUCCACCUGACCAUAAUUAAGAAGCAGGGAAGAGCUAUUUGUUUAAAAAUCCACCAAAGCCACUGAGAUAGCUCAAGAGCCAGAACUUCAGUUUGGAUCCACAAUACUGCUGGUGCUCAAGCACUGCUGGCAUGGCCCUGUUAACCCUCAAGAUAUCGCCAGGGUGUGGCUUUUGUGAUGCCCCUCUCCACUGGGCCCCAAGCAUCGCAACAUGUAGCUCAGAAGGCCGAGUACCAUGGGGAGUAGCUCCAGACUUAAACAAAAUUAAAACCUACAUUUUUGGACCCAAUGAUCAGAUCCAGUCUACAGGGAAUUCUGUUUGGAGAAGGGCAUCCCAAGCAACGCUUUGGGACCCAGGCUGCUGCAGGGGGUCUCCUGUAAUGCAUGGAAUUUUUUCCACACAUUUGUACUAUUUCCCUGACCCUCCAGGGGAUGAUCUACUUUGAGGGGUUUGUUACAAAUCCAAAAUAACCCUACAGAAGAGGUUGAUAGGCUGAUCUUGUAAGAAUGGCCUGAACCUGCAUCUACAUAAGAUUUUGGAGCUAGGAGGAAACCAGCAUUCAUAUGUCUAUUUUUCAAAAGAACCGUAAAUUUAAUUAUAUUUUGAUAAACCAAGUCUGAAAAUAGCCACUUGUAUCAAUUCCUCUUAUGAUUGUUACUGGAAUAUAUUUUCAUGUUUGAACUGUUUUGGGGAUAUUUUCUUGCCCAUUCAUAACUACUACAUUGAAUUAUGUGUUGAUGUUCUGCAAUAAUAAUUAAAAGACUUUUCACUUUGAAUUAGUAAUACUGGCUACCUACCCUGUGCCUGGCCUUAUGCUAACAUGAGCAUUGCACCACUUCAUUCCUUUGAUAAUAGCAUCCUAUACUACAUAAUCAAACUCUCCUUUAAACCAUAAUGAUUUUAUAAGAUGCAUAGGCUGGGUCAGUAGCACAGCGAGCAAGGCACUUGCCUUGCACAUGGCUGACCUGGGUUUGAUCUCUGGCAUCAUAUAUGGUCCCCCGAACACCAUCCGGAGUGAUUCUUGAGCAGAGAGCUAGAGUAACCUCUGAGCAUCUCCAGAUGUGGCCACAAAAUAAAACAAAAAUAUGCAAAUAAAAAUUGUCAACAGGUUUUUUGGGCCACAUCUUGUGGUGCUCAGGGCUUACGCCCAGCUGAGGUCAGGGCUCACUCCUGGUGGGAUCAAGGUACCAUAUUCCAUGGAUUGAACCUGGGUCAGCCGCAUGCAAAGCAAGUGUCUGCUGUACUAUUGUUCUGCCCACCAACAGGUUUGAUAUAAUUUUGAUUAUAAUUUUCAAAUAAAUUUCAAGUGGUGAUCAGAAGUCAUUUUUCCCAUUAUGCUAAACAUUCCUUCUAAUGUAAUUAUAUUGUUAAACUGUUAAAAUACAUUAUCCAGGUUUAAAAUAAUGAUAGUACUGUGCUUUUCAAAAAUGCAAAGCUGUACAUUGAGUUCUUUAUCAUAUCUAUAGCACUUAGCUAUAACUCAGGAACACAUAAAGGAGACAAUAAUUAUUAAAUUUCUACUAGGUUUAGUGUCUGUUAAUCAAAGCCUAAAAUUUUAUAUGCUUUGGUUAGAUGAGAGCUUUUGGUUGAGUUUCAGUGGUAGAGUACAUAUGUGCCUCACAUGUAUGAGAUCCUUGUUCAAGGUCCAGAAUAAAAAUCAAAUUAAGUGAAAAACAGAGCUUCUUUCCAAGUUUGUCUUUAAAGACAUUUAUUUGACUUCUGAAUGUUUGAAAGAUUUUUAAGAAUAAUUCGUGCUAUGGUUGUUGUUUCUAUAAUCCUAAACUUCGAUAGUAAUUAUAGUCCUUUUCACUUUAGUACAUUUUAUUUCUAAAUAGCUUUUGAAUUUAUAGAAACCAUGACCAAUAAAAUAUUAGUAUUUUUAUUGUUAAUCAUAUUUAAACAUUAUAUUAUCUUAUUUCUCUUUCUCUUGUGUUAAUACUCCUUCUCCUUUGCUUCUCUAUAUUUAUGUCUAGAUUUUGUAUGUAAUGUACCCAGCGUUUA